AUGUUCUACGUACUCACACUACUGGCUUUCCACUUAGCGAAUACCAACGUUCGAGGAGCAGAUUCAACAACAGCUCUGGUGAUAACCUGGACGGUAAGGUACGAAAAGUCCUUGAAGUCAUUUUCAAGAAGGGACAACAAUACAGAAAAAGUUCGACGGCCUCGAGUCAGGUACACACUAUGGAUGCAACGGCACAUUCAUUAA